UCUCUCUUUAUCUUAUUUGUACAUAUUUCACACGCGUGCACAAACACACACACGUCCCACAAAAUCAAGAUGGAGCGUUCCGGGCGUUUGUUUUCAACUGUCUUCAUUCUCAUCUUGCUUUUGGUGGCUAUUGGAACGGGGCCAAUGGUUGCUGAGGGGAAGACAAAAGAGAAGUCGUCCAAGAAUGAGAAAUCAUCGAAGAUUUGUGAGUCUCCGAGCCAUAAAUACCGCGGUAUUUGCUUUCGGUCAAGCAAUUGCGCAACUACAUGCAAAAAAGAGGGAUUUAUGGGAGGCAAAUGUGCUGGCUUCCGGAUGAGAUGUGUAUGCACUAAAAAAUGUUAAGUCAUACAAAUGCGUAUUUGGAUGCAUGCGUGGGAAUAAAAGAUUUUUUUUGUUU